AUGGCAGAAGUGAAGCUUUUUGGUAAUUGGGCAAGCCCAUUUAGCUGUAGAGUCGAGGUUGCUCUGAAACUCAAGGGUGUUGAAUAUGAAUUCAUAAAUGAAGAUGUACAAAACUACAAGUCCCCUUUACUGUUGAAGUACAAUCCAGUCCACAAGAAAGUUCCUGUGUUAGUCCACAAUGGCAAACCAAUUUCUGAGUCACUGGUGAUUCUUGAAUACAUUGAUGAAACCUGGGAAACAGGCCCUUCCCUUUUGCCCAAAGAUCCUUAUGAAAGAGCAUUGGUGCGCUUCUGGACUAAGUUCUUUGAUGAAAAGUGUUUGCCUGCACUGUGGAAUGGUUGUUGGAGCGUGGGAGAGGAGCAAGAGAAGGCCAAGGAAGAAUCUACUGAACUUCUGAAAAUUCUCGAGGGCACACUUUCAGACAAGAAAUUCUUUGGGGGUGACACUAUUGGAAUGGUUGAUAUAGUUGCCAAUUUCAUAUCAUAUUGGCUUAUAAUUCUGCAAGAAUUGGUUGGAUUUCAAGUGUAUACAAAAGAGAAAUUUCCGAAGUUAGGUGAAUGGAUGGAUGACUACCUGAACUGCAACAUUAUAAAGGAAAAUCUGCCUCCCAAAGAGAAGUUGACUGCAAUUUUUCGAGCUCGUUUUGAAGCCGCUGCCGUCACCAAAUGA